CAGUCAAACCAACAGAAAACCCAACACAACAUAUGAACAUAUCUCUCACUCCAAUUUGUUCACUCCAUUUUCUCUCUCCUCUUUUUCUAUGAUCCCAUCUCACUCAAACUCACACUCUCCUCUUCCAUGGCACCUCCCAAAAAACACUACCUUUCACUUCUCCUCCUCCUCUCUCUCUUCAUUCUCUUCAUCUUCACUCACUUCUCUCUAUCUCCUCCCACUUCUCUCUCUAACCCACCAAUCACCCACUUUCUCUCUCCUCAAAAACCCUCGAAUCCCUUCACUUUCACCAUCAAAGUUCUUGCCUUUGAUCGCCUCUCUUCAAUCUCUCGUUGCCUAAAUUCUCUCUCCUCUGCCCGCUAUUUUGGGGACACCAUUGACCUUCACAUCUUCAUUGACCACUUUCACAACUCAUCAUCUUCAUCUGAUUUGGGCCCAAAGCUUGAGAAUUCCCACAAAAUCUUGGACUUUGUUGAUGGGUUUAAGUGGGCUUUUGGGAAAAAGUUGGUCCAUUAUAGGACUCUUAAUGUGGGCUUGCAGGCCCAGUGGUUAGAAUCUUGGUGGCCCUCUUCAGAUGAUGAGUUUGUGUUUGUUGUGGAAGAUGAUUUGGAGGUUUCUCCUCUUUAUUAUCAGUUUCUUAAAGGUUUAAUCUUGAAUUAUUAUUAUAAUUACUCCAAUUUUAGUCCUUGGAUUUAUGGUGCUUCACUUCAACGACCAAGGUUUGUCCCAGGCAAACAUGGGAACAAGAUGAACUUGGAUAGUGGAACCAGACUCUUUCUCUACCAGUUGGUUGGAACUUGGGGUCAGCUUCUCUUUCCAAGACCCUGGAAGGAGUUCCGUCUUUGGUAUGAUGAUCAUAAGGCCAAGGGCAUUAAGCCAGUUCUCGAAGGAAUGGUGACAAAUGGAUGGUACAAAAGAAUGGGAGAGAGGAUAUGGACUCCAUGGUUCAUUAAAUUUGUUCAUUCUCGCGGUUAUUAUAACAUCUACACGAAUUUCCUUCAUGAAAGGGCUCUUAGUAUCUCUCACAGAGAUGCUGGUGUUAACUAUGGGAAAACAGCCGGUCCUGAUUCACAGUUGCUGGAAGGAAAAUCCUUUGAUAUCAACCCACUGGAAAUGCCAUCUUUGAGUAAUCUAGAAUGGUAUGAUUUCUGCUUCAAAAGAAUACUUCCUGGAAGAGUUGCAAAGAAACUUGAUGAAAUUGGUCCAAUUCUUCAUACCAUGGGGAAACAAAAACCUGUCUUGUUGGUCAGCUUAUUGAAUUCUCGAGAGGCGAUUAUAAGGAAUUUAAUAUGCCAUUUUGAGAGGCUUAAUAUUCAAAACUACAUUUUUAUGGUCCCUAAUUCUAAAUCAGAUUUGCUGCACGAUCUGCCUAGGAGAGGGCACCCUGUGAUUGUUACAGAGGAAGUCUUUGACAGCAUCACAAGAAGUAAGAAAACAAGUUCAGAAUUAGUCAAAGAGACAGUGGUGAAAGCUUAUGUAAUUAAGAAAAUCCUGGAUUCCGGAUUUGACAGUUGGGUGAUUACUUCCGACAUGCUUCCACUGAGCAGUAACCCGGAACUCGAUUCCACUAUUUCCAUAAAGAACAACUUCUAUGUAGGUAAAAACUCUAGGAUUUUCGUUGUCAGGAGCUCGUCAUCUUCUCAGGCAGUUUGGGAUGUAAGAUUUGUUGAGAAAUUUGCUUCUUCUGUUGAGUCACUAGUUACCCAAGAUUCAUCACAGAAAGAGAAGGGAAAUUUUGCUGAUAUCGUAGAAAGAUUUGCAGAAAAUCAUGCACUUAGAUUGAAGAGUGUUGAUGAUAUAGGCUUUAGUUUGAAACUUGAGGAAGUCAAUGGAAAUCAAUCGCUACCAACAGAUACUAAGAUGAUUACAUGGUCAGCUGCGAUGGACAGGGAUUCAGUGCGUAAACAUCUUGAAGAACUUGGAAUGUGGAUUAUUGACAGUGACUCUUCUUGCAAAGCUGUGAUCUGUCACCAAUCAUGAUAAGCCGGUGAAUAUACAUCUCUUUCUUCCUUUUCUCUUACCUCGCGGCCUUAUUUUUGUUAGCAUAGCAUAGGUAAAUUGUGCUCUGUAUGUAAUCGUGUACGGUGAUCACUUAUUCUUUUUGGUUUCUUUGCCUGUAUAUGAAUCAACGGAUCAGAAAAUAGAAUGACUCGAAAUCGGAAUGAAAAUAGGCAUUUCCUUGAAA